AUGGCAUCAAACCCAUCGUCGUCGUCGUCGUCGUCGUCGUCAAAAUCGAGAAAAGUUUUAGACGCGCACUUGCACGUGUGGCCUGGAGAGUACAGCUACCAGGAAGGUAAAGUUCCACCGGUGCCUGGUUCUGUGGAGGAGUUGGUCGAAGUUCAAGCCAAAUCGGGCGUCGCGGGGGCUAUGAUUGUGCAACCGAUAAACUUGCUCUUCGACCACGAGUAUUUGGAAAAAGCUGUCAACAGAUAUCCUGGAAAGUUCGUCCUGUGCGCGUUGGCGAAUCCGUCUCCAAACGUAAACGGAGAGAAAGAGUUGGAAAAGCUGUUACAUCCCGCGGGCGCGUUUAAAGCUGUUCGAUUUAACCCAGGUUUGUGGCCAGAAAAGGAGAAGAUGACGAACGAUGUAGGUAAAAGAAUGUUUCGCAUGUGCGGCGAUAAAGACGCGGUUGUUGGUUUCAUGUGCUUUCACGGGCUGGAUAAAUCGUACGAGGAAAUGUGCGAAUUGAUGACGGAGUUUCCAAAAACGCGGGUCUUAAUCGAUCAUUUCGGUUUUGCCAGAGGUAUUAGCGACCCGAAUUGGCAAAAAGUACUCUCUUUAGCAAAGUUUCCGCAGGUCUCGGUGAAAGUCUCGGCGCAGUUUCGAGUCGCCGCCGGCGAGAAAAUAGAAUGGCCGUACGAAUCAACGUUCGAGCAAGUGAAAGAUUUAGUCAAACAUUUUGGUGCGGAACGAUUAGUCUGGGGGAGCGAUUUCCCAUUCGUCGUCAACGAGUGCGGAUACGAGAAGGCGUCGCAAAUAGUGAACGAGAUUGAGGAUCUAACGGAGGAGGAAAGAGAUUUGAUUCUCGGCGGUUCGUUAGAGAAGAUGUUUCCGAAGAGCUUCUAUUCGUCGUCGUAA